AUGAGUCCCUGGGAGCUCCUGGCUCUGGUGAGCAUCUUCAUGCUGUGCAGAGGCCAAGACGACCAGUGUGACGACUUCUCGGACCUGGAUUUCCACGAGACGUUCAUCGGCACCAGUCUGUACGUCCGUCUGCUCCUCUACACGCGGGUCAACCUGGACUGCGGCCGCGAGCUGCCCCACCACAACUUUACCAGCGUGCCUCUGUUCGACGUGACCAAACCCACCACCUUCGUCAUCCACGGCUACCGGCCCACAGGCGCGCCGCCCGUCUGGAUGAACCAGCUCACUCAGCUCCUGGCGGCGCAGGCCGACAUGAACGUUCUGGUGGUGGACUGGAACCGCGGCGCUGCCAACCUCAAUUACUUCACCGCUGUCGCGAACACGCGUCAUACCGCCGCCAACAUCACUGCCUUUAUAGAGAGAAUGAAGGACAAUGGAGCAUGUCUGGACUCGAUCCAUCUGAUAGGCGUGAGCCUGGGGGCACACGUGGCCGGGUUUGUAGGUGCAAUGCUGGGAGGCCAAAUUGGCAGAAUUACAGGUCUGGACCCAGCCGGACCCAUGUUUGCUGGUGUGCCUCCAGAGGAGCGUCUGGAUCCAACCGAUGCCCGGUUUGUGGACGUCUUGCAUACAGAUAUGAACUCCUUUGGUCUCAGAGGAACUCACGGUCAUAUUGAUUUUUAUGCAAACGGAGGACUCGAUCAGCCCGGGUGUCCCAAGACCAUCUUCUCAGGAAAGUCAUAUUUCGUUUGCGACCACCAGCGCUCUGUGUUCCUCUACCUGUGCUCUCUGAACCGCUCCUGUCACCUCACGGCGUACCCCUGCUCCUCCUACGUGGACUUUCUCAACGGACAGUGUCUGCAGUGUGCGGCCUUUAAACCGGUGUCCUGUCCUGUUCUAGGUUAUGACUUGAGCCAGUGGAAGGACACGCUCUUAAAACUGGGACAGACGCGGGUCUAUUUCUCCACCACAGCAGAACCACCGUACAGAAGAACGGGUUACAGAGUGGAUAUCGUCACGUGGAACCAGUACCUGCGCUGGGGGGUCGUCAUCCUCCGUCUGCACAGCGGGAAAAACGCCAGCGAGGCCAGGAUAGACCACGAGCUGCUGAGGUUCGAGCGGCACACGGCUACACGACUGCUGGCCCAGUUCGACCAGGACUUGUAUCCAGUUCAGAAGGUUUCCUUCAGGAUCGUCACGGGGAACGUGAUCGGGCCUCGAUACAAGAUCAGACUGCUGCGCAUGCGGAUCACGUCACUGGACCAGCCGGACAGGCCUCCAAUGUGCAGGUACGACCUCAUAAUGGAGGAGAACACAGAGAUCGUCUUCAAGCCAGUAUCAUGUGACGAGUCUCAUCCACACGACUCCGCCCAGUAA